GCACUCCCAACAUUGCCACCCGAGCAAUGGCGUCGCGCGCCUGCCUGCUGCUCGCCCUCGCCGCCGUCGCCGGCGCCCGCGACUGUAUCGAACUCACGUUCCCCGACAAAACCAUCACCGACUCCAUCAUCAACAGCACCAUCAUCAAAGUAAAAAGCCAAAACAGUGAACUGCCCAAAGUAAACGUGGUGCGGCUAUGGGACGAGUUCCCGAAACUCGUCGUCCCGAGGAACGGGACGAGCGAGCAGUGCCGACGGGAGAGCCAGCAAUUCCUGGAUAGCCUGGACAACCUGGAGCUAUGGGCGCUGAAAAUGUUCGACGCGACAGCCAAGCCUCCCUCUGGCGUGCUAAGCGGCAACGGCAACCAGUACGGCGACUUCGACGAAUGCCUCAGCAUAGAUGGAGCGGUCAGGGGGAAGUACUGCCUCGCCUCGCUGCAGAUCAGCUUCGAUGGACACGAUGGCUACAAGGAAAUCGACAACCUGGUUCAUAGCGGACAUUACAUUAGGAGCAACGUUACUGAUAUGGGACACCGCGUCCCAAGGUACUCCAGCCUUCUCUGGGGAGUGUGUAUGCCCAGCUCUUGCAGCAGCUUUGACCUGGAGGAGGAACUGUCAGCUCGGCUCUCAGGGCUCGACAUCUCCGUGAAGGUCCACCACACCAUGUGCUCUGUCAAGAACUCCAAACGACCCUACUCUUUUGCCAAGGCUCUUUCUAUAACUUUUUUCCUCGCACUACUUCUUCUGCUACUUCUGGGCACACUCCUCGAUGAUGGAAAAGACGGCGUGAAGAAUUUCGAAAAACUACUCAAUGCGUUUUCUCUAAAACGCAACUUGAAGAAGGUGUUCGAUCUCUCAGACGCGCCGACCAGAGUGAAAGGCGUCGAUGCAUUCAGGGGCAUCAAUGCAUUUGCCCUGAUCAUCGCCCACAAAUCUAUGGCAAUGGCACACAGCCCUUACGUAAACAAGACCAGCUACUCAGCAGUUUUCGGUAUGCCAUGGGCAGUGGUAGGCCGGUCUGCUAUCCUGUACACAGACAGUUUUCUGUACCUCAGCGGAUUCUUAAACGCUCACAACCUUCUGCAGGACCUAGACAAGAAAGGGACCAUUGACGUGAAGAGCAGACUCUUAGCUAGAUGGUUCAGGUUGUUCCCCCUAUUCCUAAGCCUGAUGCUGUUCUGUACGUACAUCCUGCCAGACGUGAACAGCGGGCCGCAGUGGAACCUCGUGGUGGAGGAGCACAGCAGGGUCUGCCAGAAGACCAUGUGGAGGAGCUUCCUCUUCAUCCACAACUACUUCGGCUUUGAGGAGAUGUGUCUGACCCAUACGCACCAGAUCGGCAUGGACAUGCAGCUUUAUAUCGCCACUCUGCCGCUGAUGCUGGUACUCUCUCGCUCCAAGAGGCUGGGGUUGGCUCUAAUAGUCUUCGCAGCAGUCGCCUCCACCAUCCUCAGAUACCUAGCCAUCCACUGGUACGAGAUCAGCAUGUUCGUCUACUACGGGAUCUCAGUGCAGAAAUUAUUGGACGCGGCCAAAUACUCGUACAUUCUGCCGACUCACCGCGCGACCAUUUACUUGAUCGGCGUGCUGAUGGCGUACUUCAUGAGGACCAAGAAACUCAACUUCACUCUAUCCAACACCCAAGUGAGACUGCUCUGGACGACCUGCAUCGCACUAGCUGCGUUCACGAUCGCAAGUCCUUACAAGAUGGGGCUGGAAGGAUACAAGUACAGUCCUGGACCUGCAGCGGUCUUCGCUGCCUUCUCGCCCAUACUGUGGGGAGUCUUCAUGUGCCUCGCUCAUUGGGCCAUCAGCAAUGACUACGCUGGCAUCGGAACAGCAUUCAUAGAGUCGCGAGUGUUCAAGUUCUUCAACAAGAUCGCGUACGGGGUGUACCUGACGCAGUUCCCGAUCUUCUUCUACAACGUCGGCAUCCAGAGGACCGCGGAGUACUACUCGCCUUUCCUUCUUCUGUACCUCCCAGAAAUGCUGACCAUUCUAGUGAUGUCAAUCUUCACCACCGUCGCCAUAGAGAUGCCCUUCAACAAAGUUUAUAGGAUAUAUUUUGGAAAGUCAGCAACAAAGUUAAAAGAAAAAUAAGUUAAGUUAGUCAUACCAAAAGAAAUACAAGACUUGUAAAUAGUUAGUGUAAGUCAACAUCACGUAUUCGCGUAUUCAGUUAUUAGAUAUAAAUACUUGAUGAUGAACGUUAGUAUAGAAUUCGAAUUAAGUUA